AUGGAUCGACCAAGAACGCCAUCACGAAUGCCUCCCGCCUACGGCGACGGACCCCCAUCAUAUGUCGGCACGCCCAACGAAGACGACGUUGCCGGCUACCCAUCGGUGAACAACAACUCUCUGAGAUUGCUUCCCCUAAGCACAGAUGAUGUUAGAUCGUACGUUACUUCCAAUAGCACCACUUCCCCCCGAAUCAAUGGAGAGCGCAGUCCCAAGCGCAGACCUGUACCAAGUCCGCAUGUAAGCUGGGAAGACGAAGAGGCUACUCAGUCAACGGCCGCGCGAGGUCAACGGCCGCCGAGUCCCAUCUCCUCUCUACUCGCCGAUGUUGAAGACAACUUGAACCGUACACGCAGGACCUAUACGGUUGUUGGCAAAUCUCCUUCCCUGAGAGCUACCGUGACUUUAAAGCAAAGCCCAAAGACUAACCGGAGUACUUCCUACAGAGCACCUCGAACAUCUCCAGAUCGUUACCACCGCCCGACGGUUUCCACAACUUAUGGCUCACGUCCCGGCUCGAGCCUCGGACGGGCACCUUCCAUACCCCCACCCGCAGCAACAAGAGGAUCUCCUAUGCGACCAUCCACACCCAGAGGCUCUGUCGACUGGUCGCGACCCCCGCCCUCGAACGUUUCGUACGAGCCAGCAGAUAUAAACGGCAGCCCGAGGCCAGGCACGCCCUCAUCUCAGUACGGUGGCAGCCCACGCCGGCCUCUGCCGCCCGCACCCCUCUUCGCACCCACAGACAAGUCUGGUCCCGUCGAUACCACGAUUCCCAUACCAGAUCACGAUUCAGACGAUGUCUUCGUAAAUGGCCACCCAGUUGUGCCAGACCACGAUCCUCGUGCGAGUUUGAAAUCUUCUCACUCAUACAUGACCGAGUCGACCCUUACAUCAGAAGAGGAAGAGAACAAGUACGAUCACUAUGGUCCCGCUCCUGACGGAAGUCAGACGCGUCGUGGACUCCGAAAUGCCCAGAUGCAAAAGAAGGAAGUCCGUCUGAUCAACGGCGAGCUCAUUCUCGAGUGUAAGAUUCCAACCAUUUUGCACAGCUUUCUGCCUCGGCGCGACGAGCGCGAAUUCACUCACAUGCGAUACACCGCUGUGACGUGCGACCCAGACGACUUCGUCCUCAACGGCUACAAGCUACGACAGAACAUCGGCGUGACCGCCCGAGAGACGGAGCUGUUGAUAUGCGUCACCAUGUACAACGAGGACGAGAUAUGCUUCACCAGAACAAUGCAUGGCAUCAUGAGAAACAUUGCCCACUUUUGCUCCAGGACAAAGUCCCGAACAUGGGGCAAGGACGGCUGGCAAAAGAUCGUGGUCUGCAUCAUUGCGGAUGGCAGGACAAAGGUCCAUCCCCGGACAUUGAAUGGUCUUGCUGCCCUGGGUGUCUAUCAAGACGGUAUCGCCAAGAACAUGGUAAACCAGAAACCCGUCGCGGCUCACGUCUACGAAUACACCACACAGGUCUCCCUGGACGAGUCGCUAAAGUUCAAAGGUGCAGAAAAGGGCAUUGUGCCAUGUCAGAUGAUUUUCUGCUUGAAAGAGCAGAACUUGAAGAAGCUGAACUCCCACCGAUGGUUCUUCAAUGCAUUCGGCCGAGCUCUCACACCCAAUGUUUGCAUCCUGCUCGAUGUCGGUACAAAGCCUGAUAGUAAGGCCCUGUAUCAUCUGUGGAAGGCUUUCGACCAAGAUUCAAAUGUUGCCGGCGCCGCAGGUGAAAUUAAAGCCGACAAGGGCAAAGGUUUCCUCGGCCUGCUCAACCCUAUUGUCGCCUCCCAGAACUUCGAAUACAAGAUGUCCAACAUCCUUGACAAGCCUCUCGAAUCCGUCUUCGGCUACAUCACUGUGCUUCCCGGUGCCCUGUCGGCCUACCGGUAUUACGCCCUUCAGAACGAUACUACCGGCCACGGACCUCUCUCGCAAUACUUCAAGGGCGAAACUCUUCAUGGCCGCAAUGCAGACGUCUUCACUGCCAACAUGUACCUCGCCGAAGACCGCAUCCUUUGUUGGGAGCUAGUCGCCAAACGGGACGAACGAUGGGUACUCAAGUUUGUCAAGUCCGCCUACGGUGAAACCGAUGUGCCUGACACGAUCCCCGAAUUCAUCUCCCAGCGCCGCCGUUGGUUGAACGGUGCGUUCUUCGCUGCAGUUUACUCGCUCGUGCACUUCAAGCAAGUGUGGAAGACCGACCACACGCUCACCCGCAAAAUUCUGCUACACAUCGAGUUCUUCUACCAAUUCGUCUCUCUGCUCUUCACCUUCUUCUCGCUGGCCAACUUCUAUCUAACCUUCUAUUUCGUCGCCGGCUCGCUUGCCGACCCUAUAGUCGAUCCUUUCGGACAUUCUAUCGGCAAGUACGUCUUCGUGGCCAUGCGGUACGUUGCCGUGCUGCUGAUCUGCCUCCAAUUCAUCCUUUCGAUGGGCAACCGUCCGCAAGGAGCCAAGCGUCUCUAUCUAGCCACCAUGGUGACCUACGCGGUCAUCAUGGCGUACACGACUUUUGCUGCCCUCUAUAUUGUCAUCAAGCAACUGACGGCACAUACAUUGGAAGACGAAUCCGACGACUCGUACAGGCUCGGCAACAACAUCUUCACCAACCUCAUCGUCUCCACCAUCAGCACCAUCGGCCUGUACUUCCUGAUGAGCUUCCUGUACCUAGACCCCUGGCACAUGUUCACCUCAUCAGCGCAAUACUUUGCCCUCCUGCCCUCCUACAUCUGCACACUCCAGACAUACGCCUUCUGCAACACGCACGACGUCACCUGGGGCACCAAAGGCGACAACGUGCUCAAGACCGACCUCGGCAGCGCCAAAGCCGUGUCCGGGCACGCCAACACGGUCGAGGUCGAGAUGCCAAGUGAGCAGCUCGACAUCGACAGCGGCUACGACGUCGCGCUGCGCAACCUCCGCGACCGCCUCGAGGUGCCCACCCCCGCCGUCCCCGAGGCCCAACUGCAGGAGGACUACUACAAGGCCGUGCGCACCUACAUGGUCGCAACCUGGAUGGUCUGCAACGCCAUCCUCGCUAUGGCCGUCUCCGAAGCGUAUCCCGUCGGCAGCAACCCCAAGGACAACAUCUACUUGAGCUUCAUCCUGUGGUCCGUCGCCGCCGUCGCCAUCUUCCGCGCCAUUGGCUCCUGCGCCUUUGGCGUCAUCAACAUCGUCGGCGCCAUCGUCGAGGGCCGCCUGCAGGCCAAGUUCGAGCGCAUCUUUGGCGGUGGCGACGAGAAGGGCGCGGUGCGUAGCGGCAUCGGCAGUGCGUUCAGCGAGAGUGGGAGGGGAAGCAGUAGUGGGAAGGCGGGGUCCGGUGGUGGUGGGAAUGGGAGUGGGACGGGCAGUAGUCUCGGGGAGACGCUGAGUGAUGUCAAGAGUAAGAUUAGUAGUAAGAUGAGUUACUUCUCGCGCUGA